AUGUCGGUAAAGCGAGUUCUAGUCAUCGCCGGGUCCGACAGUUCCGGUGGCGCCGGUCUAGAAGCAGAUCAGAGGGUCCUUGCCGCACAUGGCUGUUAUGCCCUGACUGCGACCACGGGCCUCACGGCACAAAACACCCUCGGGGUGCAGGACAUCUUCGUGGUCCCGGCUGAAUUUGUCAAGAAGCAAAUCAACGCCGGUCUGGAAGAUGUCGGAGCAGACGUGGUCAAAUUUGGAAUGCUUUCGUCCGCCGAGACGAUUGACGUUGUCGCCGAGGCACUGGUGUCCCACCGAGUUCCUUCGGUGGUGUUGGAUCCUGUUAUGGUAUCUACAAGCGGUGCACAGCUGCUACCCGAAGCUGCCGUAAAAGGCCUUCGGACGAAACUGUUACCCCUAACGACUAUUCUCACGCCGAACAUCCCCGAAGCGCAGCUUUUGCUGAAGGAUGCCGGACUGGAUGCGCCCGAGCCGAAAGACAUUACGGAGCUCAUCGAUCUAGCCAAGCAAAUCUGCACCUUGGGUCCCCAAGCCGUUCUUCUCAAAGGAGGACAUCUGCCGCUUACCAAGGCGCAUCAGACCGCUAGCAACCCGCAAGACGCGACAACAGUCAUCGAUGUGCUCUUUGACGGCGAGAAUGUCACCUUGUUUGAAACCGAUUUCUUGGUGUCGAAGAACACUCACGGGACCGGAUGUUCCCUUGCCUCUGCCAUCGCGGCCAACCUGGCCUUGGGGAAGGAUUUGCAACGUGCUGUGCAGGCGGCCGUUCGAUUUGUCGAGGCUGGUAUCAAGACUAGCUUUGAUCUUGGGAAGGGAAGUGGUCCAAUCAACCAUUUCCAUUCUGUGUAUACGAUGCCGUUUGCUCCGGGACGUUUUGUGGAGUAUGUUCUCGAUCAUCCCGAUGUUCGACCGGUGUGGAAGAAGUUUACGGAACAUGAUUUUGUUUUGGGCAUGGGUUCCGGAAAACUUCCUGUGGACCGGUUCAAGGAGUACUUGGUGCAGGAUUAUCUCUAUCUCGUUCAUUUCGCCCGGAGCAACGCACUUGCCGCGUAUAAGGGGAAGAACAUGGAGUCGAUUGCCGCAUCCGCUCAAAUCGUCCUGCACAUCCAACGUGAAACGGCACUGCACUUGGAUUAUUGUGCCUCCUUCGGCCUAUCCAAGGAGCAGAUGGAAAAACACCCGGAAACCAUUGCAUGCACCGCCUACAGUCGAUAUAUCCUCGACAUUGGUCAAUCGGAAGAUUGGCUCGCACUUCAAAUGGCUCUGGCGCCUUGUCUGAUCGGAUACGGCGCCAUUGCCCAGAGAUUGUAUGGCGAGAAAGACACGGUCCGGGAGGGCAACCGGUACUGGAAAUGGAUUGAGAACUACGUUGCGGACGACUACACGCAAGCCGUUCGCCUGGGAUCGGAACUACUGGAAAGACACAUGCGCGAGGUGUCUCCGAGUCGAGUGGAGGAGUUGAUUAGGAUCUUUAUUCGGGCGACGGAGUUGGAGAUCAGUUUCUGGGACAUGGGAUUGAGCGAGACGAAGGUCUCUAGAAACGGUGGUGGUGGUGGUUACUCCAACGGCGGCUACUCCAACGGAGGCGGCUACGGAGGAGGUGGUGGUAGCGGUGGUUAUGGUGGCGGCUACGGUGGCGGCUUCGGUGGGCGCGGCGGCGGCGGUGCUGGAUCCGGCGAUCGCAUGUCGAACCUCGGCUCUGGCCUGAAGAAGCAAGACUGGGAUAUGGACACCCUCCCUAAGUUUGAAAAGUCUUUCUACAAGGAACACCCCGAUGUCGCCAACCGCACCCAGCGUGAGGUGGAUGAGUUCCGCAAGAAGAGCGAAAUGGCUGUGCAGGGACGUAACGUUCCUCGCCCCGUCGAGACUUUCGACGAGGCUGGAUUCCCUCAGUACGUUCUGGGCGAAGUCAAGUCCCAGGGCUUCGAGCGUCCCACCUCCAUUCAGUCUCAGGGUUGGCCUAUGGCUCUUUCUGGUCGCGACGUCGUCGGUAUCGCCGAGACCGGUUCCGGAAAGACCUUGACCUACUGUCUCCCCGCCAUUGUCCACAUCAACGCUCAGCCUCUUCUCGCCCCUGGCGAUGGCCCUAUCGUUCUUGUCCUCGCCCCCACUCGUGAGUUGGCAGUUCAGAUUCAAACCGAAAUCACCAAGUUCGGAAAGUCCUCUCGCAUUCGCAACACCUGUGUGUACGGUGGUGUCCCCAAGGGUCCCCAGAUCCGUGACCUGAGCCGUGGUGUUGAGGUCUGCAUUGCCACCCCCGGUCGUUUGAUCGACAUGCUGGAGGCCGGACGUACCAACCUUCGCCGUGUCACCUACCUGGUUCUUGACGAGGCCGAUCGCAUGCUGGACAUGGGUUUCGAGCCCCAGAUCCGCAAGAUCAUCGGCCAGAUCCGUCCCGACCGUCAGACUUGCAUGUGGUCCGCCACGUGGCCCAAGGAGGUCCGUCAGCUUGCCUCUGACUUCCUCAACGACUACAUCCAGGUCAACAUUGGUUCCAUGGACCUCUCCGCCAACCACCGUAUUACCCAGAUCGUCGAGGUUUGUUCGGACAUGGAGAAGCGCGACAAAAUGCUUAAGCACCUCGAGAAUAUCAUGGAGGACCGCAACAACAAGUGCCUUAUCUUCACCGGUACCAAGCGUAUUGCGGACGAAAUCACUCGUUUCCUUCGUCAAGACGGAUGGCCCGCCCUUUCGAUUCACGGUGACAAGCAGCAGCAGGAGAGAGAUUGGGUCUUGAACGAAUUCAAGACGGGCAAGAGCCCGGUCAUGGUGGCCACCGAUGUGGCUUCCCGUGGUAUUGAUGUUCGCGACAUUACUCAUGUGCUGAACUAUGACUACCCCAACAAUUCGGAGGACUACGUUCACCGUAUCGGUCGAACUGGUCGUGCCGGUGCCAAGGGUACCGCCAUUACCUUCUUCACCACUGACAACUCUAAGCAGGCUCGUGACUUGAUCACUAUUCUCACUGAGGCCAAGCAGCAGAUUGAUCCCCGUCUCGCCGAGAUGGUCCGCUACAGCGGAGGCGGUGGUCACCACGGCGGUUACGGCCGUUGGGGUGGCCGCGGUCGUGGCCGUGGAGGUCACUCGACCGCUUCCAACUCGGCGCCUCUUGGAAACAACCGCCGCUGGUAA